CUGUCCUGGAGGUGUGUGUUAAUCUCCGUGUAUGGUGUCUAUGGUGAGAGAGUGUGCAGUAUCACAGCGGAUCAUUGUUGGGGGUAUUAUGAUAAUAAUGAUUAUUUUAAAUAACAUCUAAGCACCUAUUAGGUGUCAGACAAUCUUCUAAAUACUUAUAUGUUGUAUAUCUGUUAAUUCUCAGAAUAACUUGACAUGUGGUAGAGUUGUUACUUCCAUUUUAGGGCUGAAGAAAAUAAAAUACAGAAAUUUUAAGUAACUCGUUCACUGUCACACAACUAGUCUGUGGUAGGUAUAGUGGGGAUUUGAACCCAGGCCCUUUUAUUUUAAGAGCCUGGGUUCUCAGUUACUAAGCUAUGCUGCUACCUGUACAUUUAUGAGUGUGUGUAUGGCCUUGAGGAUGUCUGAAGUAUGUGAAAGGAUGUGCAUGUAUGGGUCUGAGAAAGAGCAUGUGAUGAGAAGUUAGGGAAUGAUCCAGGUUUCCUUUCCUGAAAGAUCAGUCUCCCUUCCCUUGCCACUUGCCCCAACCAGGAUUGACAAGUCCAAGGCCCUGUCUCUACUGCUCCAUGCUGCUGACAUCAGCCAUCCAACCAAGCAGUGGUCGGUCCACAGCCGCUGGACCAAGGCCCUCAUGGAGGAAUUCUUCCGCCAGGGUGACAAGGAGGCAGAGCUGGGCCUGCCUUUUUCUCCACUCUGUGAUCGCACUUCCACUCUAGUGGCACAGUCCCAGAUUGGUUUCAUCGACUUCAUUGUGGAGCCCACGUUCUCUGUGCUGACUGAUGUGGCAGAGAAGAGUGUCCAGCCCCUGGUGGAUGAGGACUCCAAGUCUAAAAACCAGCCCAGCUUCCAGUGGCGCCAACCUUCUCUGGAUGUGGAAGUGGGAGACCCCAACCCUGAUGUGGUCAGCUUCCGCUCCACCUGGACCAAGUACAUUCAGGAGAACAAGCAGAAAUGGAAGGAACGGGCAGCAAGUGGCAUCACCAACCAGAUGUCCAUUGACGAGCUGUCCCCCUGUGAAGAAGAGGCCCCACCCUCCUCUGCCGAAGAUGAACACAACCAGAAUGGGAAUCUGGACUAGCCCUGGGGCUGGCCCAGGUCCUCAUUGAAUCCAAAGUGUUCGAUGUCAUCAGCACCAUCCAUCAGGACUGGCUCCCCCAUCUGCUCCAAGGGAGCAUGGAAGUCGUGGAAGAGACAACCCACCCGAAGGCCAAAUGCCAGAGAUUGUGGGGUUGGGGGAAGGGCCCCUCCUCACCUGACACCCAUUGGGGCGCACUUUAAUCUCCUGGCAGUGAGACUGGGGAACUUCAGGCUCCCAAUGGUCACUGUGCCCAUCCCCCUGCUUCUGGACUCCCCUCAUGGUCAGAUAGCUGCCUUGGGGGGGGAGCUUCCUGGAGGCUUCCCAGGGCCUAGGGGGAGGGUCAGAGAUGCCAGCCCCCUUGGCCCUCCCCUAUUCUUUUUGCCUCCAAGUUUCUAAGCAAUACAUUUUGGGGGUUCCCUCAGCCCCCCACCCCAGAUCUUAGCUGGCAGGUCUGGGUCCCCCUUCUCCUCCCCUGGGAAGGGCUGGAAUAGGAUAGAAAGCUGGGGGUUUUGAGAGCCCUGUGUGGGGAGGGGAGUGGGUUCCUUCAGGGCAUGGUACCUUUCUAGGACCUUGAAAUGGGGUGUGGGGGCACUUCCUCUUUACCCCAGACUUGUACUGUUUCAGCCCCAUCCCCAGCCUGACCCCCUGUACUCUUCCCUGUCUUCCAUUCCAAAAUGGUGACUGGGGGAAGAGGAGCCAUUGGGACCAGGGACUGAGGGGAGACCUUUCCUGGGGCCCUCAAGAACUUGGGACUGCUCUGGGCCCCUGGGGCUUGUUACCUGCCCUGGGUUAGUCCCAAGCCCUUUGCCUCCUUCCUCUGCCCUGGGGCUGGGAGGCUCCCCAUCCGACCAAUGUCUGUAACGUGCUUUGAGAUCUCCCCAGCAAAGCACCUUCAGGGUGUAUCUGAUGAACAAAGUCAGGAGAGGUCAGCUGGGUUGGGGUCAAGGGUACGUAGGGAGGGUGAGGUAUAACCCAGUAAUCCUGUGUUGCUAACCGAGAGGGUUCCACACCUCCUUCCCAUCUCCCAGAGAACUGGCCCAGCUGCAGGCACCAAGAGGCCCGUCCCCUAGGACAAGUGGGGAGUGGUGGGGGAAGGCAGAUGGGGAGGGGCUCAGGGCUGCUGCUGUCAUAUCGUCUGGAGAGAGCUCAGCCAGGCCUGGUGCCCCUUCCUUUCCUCAGGCUCCUCCUCACCCCCACCUUGCCCCAGGAAAGGCCAAAGUCCAGGUGACUGCUCUCCUUUCUUGUAAAUACCAACCAUGCAUUUGUACAGUGGGCCCUGUUCACGUGAAAUCCAUAUCCACGGUCUCUUAGACCUUGAUACUUGUCCCACCCACCCCACCCUGAGUGGGGCAGAGACGCAUGUAACUCACCCCUGCCCGUGGUCUCCCAGACCCUUGCUAUAGCCAGAGAUCAAUAAAGAAGGGAGACGGGG